AUGCAGUGGCUACAUGAGCGCUUCACGACCAUCGUCAGCACCAGUCUUCAGCUACGAUCGCUGAGCAGUAUCGAGCACGAACUUCAGCUCAACUUGCGCAAAGGCCUGCUACCCGUCGGACUACUUGCAGCGCUUUCCGUGUACUCCUGCUUGGUACUCCUUGGGUUCAUCGCCACUCGCUUUUACUCAGAAUGGAAACGCUGCAGGACGAGCCUCGGACACAACCAAUAUGUCGUGCUCGUCUUCAAUCUCCUGGUCGCAGAUCUCAUGCAGAGCAUCGGCUUCCUCAUAACUUGGCACUGGUACCUCGUGAAUGACAUCGAUUCAUCAAGCGCCGCGUGCUUCGCACAGGGAUGGAUGAUCCACUCAGGGGACCUUAGCAGUGGCUUCUUUGUGCUCGCCAUCGCUAUGCAUACUUACUUCACGGCCGUUCAUGGUGGCAGACUUAGCCAGAGCACGUUCAAUGCGAUCAUCGCUGCCAUCUGGACUCUUGCAUUCUUGCUCACGGUCAUUGGUGUCGGAUUGCAUACUGACAAGUACUUUGAGAAAGCCGGUGAGCACUCGAAAGCAUGA